CUUCACAAUAUGCAGUUCUCAAGAUCAUCGAAGUUGUCUGCCUUUGGCAUCAUUGCCACUGGCUCGCUUGCUGCCGCCGGUCCCUGCGAUCUCUACGCCACGGGAGGCACACCCUGUAUCGCAGCGCAUAGUACCACCCGCGCGCUGUACAACUCCUUCAGUGGCGCUUUGUACCAAGUCAAGCGCGGAUCUGAUGGCGCCACGACCAACAUCUCGCCCUUGACCGCUGGUGGUGUUGCCAAUGCCGGUGCUCAAGAUACCUUCUGCGCCAGAACCACUUGCUUGAUCACCGUGAUCUACGACCAGUCUGGCCGUGGCAAUCAUCUGACUCAAGCUCCUCCAGGAGGUUUCCAAGGCCCAGAAGCCAACGGAUAUGACAAUCUCGCCAGUGCAAUUGGAGCGCCAGUGACUCUGAAUGGACAAAAGGCUUACGGGGUCUUCAUCUCACCCGGAACUGGAUAUCGCAACAAUGCUGUUAGUGGUUCAGCCAAAGGCGAUCAAGCAGAGGGUAUGUACGCUAUCCUGGAUGGAACCCACUUCAAUGGGGGCUGCUGCUUCGACUACGGCAACGCCGAAACCAACAACCUCGACACCGGGAACGGACACAUGGAAGCCAUCUACUAUGGCGACAGCACCUACUGGGGAAGUGGCACAGGCAACGGUCCCUGGCUCAUGGCGGACCUCGAAAACGGUCUCUUCACUGGCAGAAACCCAAAGAACAACCCCGCUCCAUCCAUCACAAACAGGUUCUUCACAGCUAUUGUCAAGGGCGGUCCCAAUCAAUGGGCACUACGGGGUGGAAAUGCUGUUUCGGGAUCACUCUCAACAUACUUCAGUGGAGCGCGCCCUACACCCUCGGGCUACAACCCCAUGAGCAAAGAAGGCGCCAUCAUCCUCGGUAUCGGCGGAGACAACAGUGUAAGCGGCCAGGGUACUUUCUACGAAGGCGUCAUGACGACCGGAUAUCCCUCCGACGCCACCGAAAACGCAGUUCAAGCGAACAUCGUCGCCGCCGGGUAUGCCACCACGUCUUUGACCAGCGGCUCCGGGUUCAACGUAGGAUCUUCAGUGUCAUUGCGCGCCACCACUUCCGGUUACACAGACCGCUACCUCGCACAUACCGGCGCCACAGUGAACUCGCAAGUCGUCACUUCUUCAUCCGCUUCUUCGCUCAAGCAGCAAGCUACUUGGACUGUUCGCGCGGGCUUGGGAAACUCCGCCUGUUUCUCUUUCGAGUCGAGAGAUCAACCGGGAAGCUUCAUCCGCCAUUAUGACUUCAUCCUCAAAGUCAAUGCAAAUGACGGGUCCAAGGCGUUUAAAGAGGACGCGACGUUCUGCCCGCAAUCGGGAUUGAAUGGCCAGGGAAGCUCGAUCCGCGCGUGGGGAUAUCCUACGAGGUGGAUCCGGCAUUACGAUAAUGUUGGAUAUGUGGGUAGUAACGGGGGUGUGAAGACUUUUGAUGCUGCUAAGUCUUUCAACGAUGAUGUUAGUUGGGUCGUUGGCGCUGGGCUUGCGUAAAGAGGAAGAGUAUAGUGCAGCUUGUAUAUAUGGCCUUCU